AUGGAUUUCGCUAAAAGAUAUUUGGAGUGUGUUUUUGAAACAAGUUUUGAGAAAAAAGUUAGUCCCGGUCGUUCAGUCGAGAAAUUUUUUGCUGAAUUAAAUCUUAUUCUUCAAAAUUUACAUGAUACACCUAUUACUAUUCAGCAUCAGCAACAAAUACAACAUCAAAAAAUUUCAUAUGAUAAUUUAUUAACAACUAUUCAGUUAAGUCAAUCACAAGUUAUUAAUCAUACAAUUUCUUCUGGAAGAAAGAAGAAUUCUGUUAGAUUAGGCAAACGUUUAAAGCAUAAACUUCGUUCGACUAGUAUAAUUCUUCAAAAAACAGAUAAAUCAAAAGUUUUUCGUUUAGUACAUAAACCUAAUACAGCUCUACGACCGAUUAUUGUCGGUUUAAAGCAUUCUACAAUUAAAAUUUCAAAAUAUCUCGGUGAAUUACUUCGACCAUUAUUCGAUCGAAUAUCAUACAGCACAAGCAUUACUUCUGGUUCUCAAGUAAUUAAACAAAUGCACGGAUGGUCAAAAUAUAAUAUACGGCAAGCAACUAUAUUAUGUGCAAUAGAUGUCGUAGACUUAUAUACAAUGAUACCACAAACAGAAGGUGUACUUUCAAUUAAAAUAAUACUCGAUUAUCUCGACGAUUUUCUUGAUUUGUAUAUGGAAAAUAUCAAUGGUCAAUUAUUUACAACAGUUUAUUAUAAACCGUCAUAUGAAUUAUAG